CGAUUAUCUCCGAUUAUUUUAAUCAGAUGGUCUCAAUUUAUUUAUUUUUUUAAUUUUUUUUUUCAUAUUUCUUCUAGCCUUUGCUGAGCUGCAAACUGACAUUCAGGAACUGACUAAUGACAUGGACGGGGUGAAGAUUCCCUUCCUGGAAUAUCGGACGUACACCAUGAGGGUCAUGUUCCCAGGCAUAGAGGAACAUCCGGUGUUAAAAGAGCUCGAUUCCCCAGCCAACGUGGAGAAAGCUUUGCGUCUCUUCAGUCAGCUGCUCAACAACAAGAUGUUCCUGCUCACCUUCAUCCACACUUUGGAGGGUCAGCGAUCCUUCUCUAUGAGAGACAGAGGGAAUGUGGCCUCACUGCUGAUGGCUACUUUGCAGGGUCGUAUGGAAUACGCCACAGUGGUGUUGAAGCAGCUUUUGGCCGAUCUGAUCGAGAAGAACCUGGAGAACAGAAACCAUCCUAAACUGCUGCUCAGGAGGUCAUGCUCCUCCUUCGUUGAUGAUGACGUCAUCACUGUGGUAUUUAAUUAGAGCGAGACAAAGCUCAUCUGAUGUUGUUGUUGCCUUUUUUUUUUUUUUUUUUUUAAAAACAAAACCGAGU